AUGGCAGCUUCCACUUCUGCUGUACCAAUGGCCAUGCCAUUAACCCGCGUGACCCGUAAUACCCAACCAAAUGCCUACGCUUUCCUCAAGCCGAUGCCCGUAAAGUCCUCGAAGGUCAUUGCAGUUACAAAACCUGUUGCAAAAUUUGAAGUCAAUGCUUCACUGAAGGAAAAAAUGUUUACUGGCUUGACAGCAGGUGCAUUGACAGCUUCGAUGGUGGUUCCCGACGUGGCCGAGGCUGCCAGCGGGGCUUCUCCAUCGCUGAACAACUUCUUGCUGAGCAUUGUGGCCGGUGGAGUGGUGCUUGUGGUCAUUCUUGGUGCAGUGAUUGGUGUUUCGAACUUUGAUCCCGUCAAAAGGAGCUGA